AUGGGCGCCGGCGCGUCGAGCGACGGCGGCGAGCUCGAGCAGCUCGUGGCCUGCACCUACCUGCUGGGCCAGGCCCUGGCGUCCAUGUCCUUUCCCGACAUGUACCGCAUCCAGGACUUCCACGCCGAGGACGCGCCGGCGCUGCGGUCGGCGCGGGGCCUCGCCGCGGACCGGGAGAACGCGGCGCGCGAGGCGGCGCAGCCCUUCGACUACGGCAGCCGCUUCAACGUCAUGGUCUCCGGCGAGCGGAUAGUGUUGGACGACGUCGCGCGCGAGAACCCGGACGGCUGGACGCCGCUCCACGCCUGCUGCCACAGCCACGCGACGACGACGGCGGCGUUGGCCAUCGUCGAGGAGCUCGUGCGCAACCGGGCGAGCCUCGAGGCGCGCACGCGGCGGGGGCCCGGCGCGUACAACGCCGGGUGGACCCCUCUGCACAUGGCCGCGGCCUACGGCGUCGAGCCCGUCGUCGCGGCGUUGUUGGACGCCGGCGCCGACGCGCGCUGCCGCAAUUCGUUGAGCUGGACGCCCCUCCACGAGGCCUGCCACCGGGGCUUCGAGCCCAUCGUCCGCCGGCUGUUGGCGGCGCCGGGCGCCGCGGCGGACCUGGGCCACGUGCCCGACGGCGACGCCGCGCGGCGCUUUCCGUUCGCGCGGCCGCCGCCCCAGUCCUGCCUCGGCGAGGCCGCGCGCUGCGGCUUCAAGGACAUCGCGGUGUUGCUAUUGGAAGCGGGCGCGCCGAAGGAUCUCGCGAACGGCAUCGGGUGGACGCCGCUCCACGAGGCCGCGUUCUACAACCACGUCGACGUCGUGCGGUCCCUGCUCGUCUACGGCGCCGACGCGACGCUGCGCGACGCCCAGGACGCGUUGGCCUACCACGUCGCGUCGCUCGGCAGCGUCCGCGACGUGUUGGAGGAGAUGGGCGGCGAGCUGUGCGGCGAGGGCGCGGCCGCGCCGCGCGCGGACCGCGACCGCAUCGCCUUCGUCUUCGGCGAUGCGGAGGACCCGGCGAGCCGCGUCGGCGUCGCCGGCGACGCGCCGCUGCUCGCCGAGGGCAAGGACGACGACGCGCCGUCGGGCGCGGCCGCGUCCGCCGUCGACUUCGCGCGGCGCCGCGAGGCCGAGGACGAGACGGAGACGGCGCCGGCCUUCCUCCACCGGGGCGAGAAGCUCGGCGAGCUGCCCGCCCUGUCGCCGACGAAGCGAUCCGGCGCGGCCGCGGACGCGCGGCGCCUGUCGGAGGCCGCGUCGUCCGCGGACCGGCGGCGCCUGUCGCCCGGCGCGGCGCCCGCGCCGGCGCCCGACGCGUCCACGCCGGCCCGCGGCGGGCUGGCCGCCGCGCCGCCCGGCGCGCCGGAGGAGUUCCUCUGCGCGAUCUCGCGGCGCGUGCUCAAGGAGCCGCUGGCGUCGCCGUACGGCCACGUCUUCGAGGCCAAGGUCAUCCGCGCGUGGUUCGCGAAGAACGGCUCCAUCUGCCCGCUCACGGGCCAGCCCCUCGUCGAGUCCGAGCUCAAGAUCCACGACGCGCUCAAGACGAAGAUCACGAACUGGGAGGAGCAGCGCGCCGCGCUGCGGGAGGCCAUCCGGGACUGCUACCGGGAGAACAACGCGGCGAAGCUCGGCGACGGCAGCGUCGACGAGCUGUUGGCCAAGUACGUGGGCCAGGAGCACCUCUUACUGCGGCGCGUGCGGCACCGCUACGGCCUCGUCUGCCUGCGCGGGCGCCUCGCGAAGCGGUCGAGCGCCGCGGCGAGCGACUGGCGGGACGUCGAAGUCGCGGUUCGCGCGGACGGCGAGCUCCGGUGGGCGGACGACGGCGGCGCGAGCGGGCGCCUCGACGCGCGGCGCUGCGCCGUCGACGCCUGGGGCGAGAAGCUCGCCGGGCGGCCCUGGGCCUUCGCCGUGUUCUCGGUCGACGGCGGCGACGGCGGCGGGCGCCUCGUGCUCGCCGCCGCGUCCGAGGCCGAGCGCGAUGCCUGGGUCGCCGAGCUCGAGGCGACGGCGCGGUUCUUCGCGCGCCUCGACCGCGAGCGGGCCUACCAGCGCGAGGAGGAGAGCUUGGUGCGGAGCGCCGUCGACGACUCCGCGCGGACCUUAGAAGCCGACCAAAGACGCCUGGAGGAGCUCGAGCGCCUCGAGGACCUCGAGACGCGGCGGGGCCUCGCGGCGUCGGAGCUCGCCGACGAGGAGCGGCGGCGCGCGUCGGCGUUGCCGGACGCGCGCGCGAUGCUCGAGUCCGCGCUCGACGACGCGCUCCGACACGCGACGGAGGCGAACGCGCUCGAGACGCGGCGCAAGCACCGGAAGGCCCACGACGCCUACGCGCGCGCCGUCGCCGCCUUCGUCGCGGCGAAGCGCCACAUCGUCGACAUGCCCGCGGACGCGCGGCCCGAGCGCGACGUCAUGGACAUGAUCGACUCGGGCUCCUUGCAGUGCCGCCAGGCGGCGGACGCGUGCCGCGCGCGCGGGUCCCGGGGCGGCGGGCCGGCGGCGCCCGGCGACGCGCCGGCGGCGCCGGACCCCUUCGCCGCGCCGGGCGCGCUCCUCGACGCGCCGCGCCGCGUCCCGCCGAGCGUCGAGAAGCUCAUCCUCGACGCGGACGACGUCUAGGCUCCUCCCCUGUGCUUUAGAACACCCCAAAUAUC